UGCGAUUGCGGCCCAAGCAAGCCUGUUUUCUAGAUGUUUUUUUACUUAGUUCAGCAUGAUUAUAGAUAUCACUAGUCUUUUCUACGAAUUUGAUUACUGAUACAUAUACCACUUCUAAAUACAAAGAAAAACGUGGUUGAUACUUUGAAAAUGAACAGUUUUCUCAACAGUCAACCAGGCCCCAGCCGGCCUCCACCAAGUACUAAUGCUCCAAGAGCAAGACUUCGUCUUCGUCCUAAUCACGGCCCUAAUCAUGGUUUUGCUAGUGACUAUGAUUAUCAAAAUCAGCAACAAUUUUCUAAACCUGAUAUGAAUAGGGGUUUCACCAAUCAUAGAGGUUCACAAAGUUAUACUAUUUAUCCAAGUGGUGUUAGUUUCCCUGCAUAUAAUUUCAAUCCAAAUCAGGGAAAGCAAAAUGAACAAUCGAAUAAUAGACAUAACAGAGGUAAACGUGAUUAUCAUAAAAACAAACCUCCAAACAGGCUAGAAAAUCGACCAGCAAAGAGAAGUGAUAAUUCUAACAGACAGGAUGUACCGCAUCAAGGACCUACGUCACUUAGAGAAAAAAAAGAUAUUCAAGAAGUUUCUGAAAAUUUUCAGAGUCCUUCCGAAACUAUGACCACUGAAGCUGCCCAUAGUAAAUUAUAUAAGUGCCCCAAUUGUUUACUUCUCUUUGAUUGUAUAACACGUCUAAAUUCAUUUGUUGGAAGGGUACCACUCAUACUAACAUGCCAGCAUACUGUCUGUCAGGAAUGUAUUCCAAAAAUGGCAAAGAACAAUGCUGUUGUGUGUCCAAUUUGUAAGGAUACCUCAAAAUUACCUACAGGAUUUAAGUACAGCAAUCUACAAGAUACAUUUUCUCCAAAUUUCUUUUUGGUUGGAACCAUUUUGUGGCUUAAAUCUUAUGGAAAUAACAGAAGUAAUAUAUCACUAGCACCUGUAUCUGGCAGUGAUUUGAGAAGCGAAAUUAUAUCUCCUAUAUCGUCAUCUAUAGAAAAACACAAUGCAGAAAAAACUUGCUGUUUUUUAACUUGCAAUAAAACCGCAACUAUACAAUGUACAGAGUGUAAUGACUUCUACUGCGAACAAUGCUGUAAUACUAUCCACAAAAGUGCUAAAUCCAUGUGGUCACAUAACCGAGUUCCUUUUGAAGGCAAUGCGACAAAAAAAGAAACUUUGGAGCUAGAAAGAUGUGCAAAUCACAACAUGCAUAUUGAAUUUUACUGCACUACCUGUAGCGUGGAAGUAUGCUGUUAUUGUUAUAUUGAACAUCAUGACGGACACAAAAAAGAAAAUUUGUUGAAAUUGGAUGAAGAUGAACUUGAAGAAUUUAAAAUACAUAAAGAAAAUGCACGGAAAAUAUUAAAGCAGCUGAUUUUCUCUCAGAAGAAACUUGAAGAUUUGUCUACGUCUAGCACUGAUUCUAUCGAAGCAGAAGUGACCAAUUACUUCUUGAACCUACACGCAAAACUACAGUACAUUCAAAAUAAUCUUAAAGACGAUAUAACCAGGUCCACUACACUUGGUACAGUCAAAGAAGAUAUUAAGGCGACAUACACGGAGAUUGUCAAUUCAAUAGAAAAUUUGAAAGACAUCAUUAUCGCUUGUGAUAAAGUGGAGUUGAGAAAAAUGAAUAUGAGGGCUCUUUCCAACAAGUUAAAGGAUGUGCAGAAAACUCCUUGCUACCUAUUAUCAGAUAAGAAGUUGGAUACUUUUGAGUUCUUUGUUGACCCGGUGGUUGAUAUUUUGGAAAACUAUUUUUCCAUAGAUAAAAAUGACGCGUUUGAAAUUAAACUCGUUUCUGAAGAGGAUCUUCCACCAGAUUAUGAAAAGGAUGAAACAGACAGCCAGUACCAAAAUGACGUUGAGAACAUUAUAGGCUCAUUAGGUAAAAGUACAAUAUCAACCAAUAAGGAUAAAUCAAAGAAGGGUUCUUCAAAAAAUUCCGCAGUAGGAGUACUAGAACAAGAAUCUGUGGAAGUAACACAUAUAGAAAGUUUGGAGUGUUUCUACGUUCAGUUAAAUAAAAAUCAGAAACAGUUUAUCCAGAUGAAUAAUGAUAUUAGGGAUUUCAUAAAACUUGGACCUGCAAUAGUGGACGAACCAGAAAUAAACCAAUUGUAUUUGGUUAAAGUUUUAAAAGAAAAGAUUUGGUGCCGAGGCAGGGUUACCGAUAUCGAAAACGGCAAAGAUGGAACUUUGUACAACGUCUUCCUCAUUGACUAUGGCAGCCGCUACACUUUAGAUAAAUCCAAGUUGAGAAAAAUGCAUGUUUCUCUGGCAUUACAGAAGCCUUUUGCAAUUCAGUGUCAACUGUCCAAUCCAUCAAUGCGUAACUGGGCUAAGAACGCGCAUGUCUACAUGGCAAAAAUCCUCAAUGGGAGAAAAGUUACGAUGACAGUAAAGAAUGAGCACAACGGUGUACAGGAAGUCGAUCUCAUGAUUUUAACAUCUGAUAGAAGCCAAACUUCAGUAGUAGACUUACUCAUACAUGCAUGUACAAAUGCGCUCAGUAAUAACGAAGACACUGAAAUUGUCACUCCACAAAAAUUUAGCCUCAACGGACCCUACAAAAUUUUCCCUAACAGCGUUAAAUUUAAAAAAUCCCAGGAGGCGAAUGUCAGGCUAGCGAGUGUUAUUGACCCACACCAUAUUUUUAUUCAUAUGGCUUCGCAUAUAAAGUUUCUGGAAAAGAUGAAUAACUCGUUGAAGAAUAGUUACAAGAAUUCAAAAGAAGACGUAUGUGUGCCUAUUGAAGGAACUUAUGUUGUGGUGAAUUACAAAGAUCAAAUCAGAGGUAACUGGCAUAGAGGAUUGGUGUUGAAAGUGAAUACCGAUGACUGCCACGUCUCACUUGUUGAUUGGGGAUUAGAUUUGACUGUUCCUUGGCGCAAUAUACGAAUGUUACAAGAAGAGUUUACAAGAUUAGAAAUUCAGAGCAUUGCUGUGAGGCUGGCUCAAGUAGAACCGUGUGGUAAACAUACGACGUGGACUGAGGCGGCAACGGUUUUUCUAGAGAAGUUUUACCUAUCCCAAGACAUACUCAAGAUAGUCGUUCAUAACGUACAACCAUUAGAAGUUGGUUUGUUUGAAAUGGUUGGAGAUGUUGAUAUUUGUAUCAAUGCGCAAUUAGUAUUGGAAAAUUUGGCCGAUUCAACUGGUAAAAUUUCCCAAACAUUGGAAUGGCCAAAGAAUGAUGCUGUCAGCGGGUUUAGAGAAGACGAUGGAAUUCUCGCCCAACGGUUGAAACAAAUUGAGUCAGAUGAUGAAUCAGACGAGGAAAAAGCUGACAAAAUCGUUAAACAGAAGAUCGAAGUUGUAAAAUUAGUUCAUCCCGGUUUAAUCUAUAUUAAAUUCCCCGCAUUCGAAUCACAAGCAAUGCAGUUACACGAGGAAUUACAAAUACAUUACACGAAAGAACGAAAAACAAAACCAUUAUGGAAACCCGAUGAGGAAUGUGUUGUUUUUUAUAAUCUCUCUUUCGCAAGGGCGAAAGUUUUAGAAAAACUUGAUGACAGAAAGUACAGAGUGAACAUCUUUGACAGAGCUACUGAAGAUGUCAUAAACGUGGACAAAAUGUAUGAAUUUGACAAAUAUUUUACCAAGUUUCCUAAUGUCGUCUUUAAGUCACAUUUGGCUAAUAUAAAACCUGCAGGCGGAGAUAAAUGGAGCUUGUCAUCGAUUGAAGCACUAGAAAGUGUAUUUAACAAGUACAAGGAGAUAUGCGGGGCCAGAGUGGAAGGUGAUCUGUCGGGAAAAUCUAUACCUAUGAACAUGUGGUAUACAAAGGUUAAAAUUGCUGGCGCCUUGGAACCCUCCAUAAUGAAAUUUAUUUCUCUUAGUAAUUUGUUGGUUAAAAUGGGAGUUGCGUAUAAAACUUCUACGACUGCUGUAAAAAGUGAAUCUGGUAGCGUCAAAAGUGAAAGGUCAGUAGUUUCUUCAAAGAUAUCAAAUGGUAAUUUAUCCGGUUUAGAGAAUGAUGACUUACCAGCUAACGAAUCUGCUACAUCGAUAGAAUCCUUACUAGAAGCUAUCCCGAAAAAUAAACCUUGGAGUGAUGCGGUGGAAGAAGAAGAAGAAACACUUAAAGCAGUCAAACAUGCGUCUGACUCCUUAGAAGCACCCCAAGAAGUAGAGAUGGAAGAUUGGUUGCCUCCUUUUCGGAUUAAACAAAAGGAAUUUUACGCUUGGGUAACAUGUGUGGAUCCAGGCGGAGUUCUGUAUUUAAGGGAAGAGAAAUUACAAUCGGCUUACAAAGAAAUGGAGAAUAAAAUAAAGGAGUAUUUUGAUAAGAGACCUUCAGAUUCUACAUAUAACGAUUGGGACGCUGGUGACUUGUGCACAAUUCGUUACAACAAUAUGUAUUACAGAGGAAAAAUUGCUGAAGUAAAAAGUCAAGACGAUAUUUCAGUUAUAAUGAUCGAUUUUGGAAGUGAUCACACAGUUACUUCAAAAGAUUUAAAGCAAGAAAUUCUCUAUGCCGAUAUUCCCGCUUUUGCCUCUAAGAUCAAACUAGACAAGAUAUAUGCUAAAACUGGAGAAUGGCUCGAUUCAGACUACCAGACGUUCUUGGAAAAUGUGACGGAGUAUAGCAAAGUCAUUAUCAAAAGUUCUCUGGACGACGAAAUUCCAUCAGCUGAAGUUUUUACUGAUAAGAAAGUAAACCUUAAUCAACUUUUGGUACAGCUAUGUGCCAACUUGACUAGAAAACCUCCGAAUGAUCAAAAUCAGCCCGAGGAUGACGAUAUAUUAAUUGAAGAUGAUGAACCUAUCAUUGAAGAUGAAGAUGUGUUGGAAAAAGGAGCAGAAAAUUUACUGGUUGCGGGUAAUCAAUCAGUAGAUACAACAAAGUAUAAAUACAACAUUCAUCCUCUUCCUGACGGUGAAAAAAGUGUAGCAGUCUCCAUCUUGUCAAUACUCGAAUACAAUAAAAUAGCUUUAAAAGAAACAUCGACACUUUCAGAAGAGCUGCAAUAUCUGAACAAUGAAAUUCAAAAAACUGUACAUUUGCAACCUGUGAUAAAAAAUCUGGAAACUGGCAUGCCGUGCGUGUGCCAGUUUUCAGAAGAUAAGCUUUGGUAUCGAGCUGAAGUUUACAAUAUGGAAGGUCUAGAUUGUGGAUUUGUUUUCGUGAUUUUCGUUGAUUUUGGUAACGUUCAACCUGUGACAGCGACUGAAAUUAAAAUGAUGCGUCCAGAAUGGUUUGCUACACCCGUCUCGUGCCAUAUUGCUAGUUUAAACAUUAAAAUAGUCGAGGAUAAAAAUAUUGAAUACGUCACCAACUUCAUGAAAACUAUCCCUGCAAAUCAAUUUGCUAAAAUUAUUACCAAAGAUCCUCUUUGUGUGAGCUUACACAAUAAAAAUGGGGAUCUAAGUUAUGACAAUUUGAUACAAAAAAAAUUGGUCGAAAUUGUUUAAGAUUAUACUGUUUUUAAUUUCUUAUAAUGUUAUGAUCUGUAGUUCCUCUAAUAUAUAAUUAAUGUAAGAGGUAAUCUCGUUUGAUAUUUGUUUAUUUUCCUUAUUUUUAUAAAAAAGCUUUAGUUUAUUUGAAAUAUUAUUGUUCUUUUCGUAAUUAAUAAACGUAUC